AAGAACAUGGAGCAGAAGAAGAGACAGCUGGUGGAGAGCCAGGACGCUCUCACCGAGGAGCUCGCUAAGCUGCAGGCUCACGAGAAAAGACACGAGAUGUCAGGAGAGGAGAAGGAGGACAUCAGCAGACAUGAUGGAGACGGGGACAUAAAGAAAACUCUGGAGGAGCAGCUGGAGAACCACAGAGAGGCUCACCACAAACAGCUGAGCCCACUGAGAGACCAGAUCGAAGACGAGCAGAAGAUGUUGGACGAGCUCACAGAACAGUUACUCUGUCGUUAAAAAGCGUCCAAUCACAGCUCAGCGAGCGUCUCCUCUCAGUCUGAACCAGGGU